AUGAUUAUCAGCUUUCAGGCUAAGGGUGGCAGUAUUUCUAAAACAGUGCAGUUUGUGAACUGUUCACAUGCUGCUGUGGUGAAGGUGUAUCGUGACUGGACAAAUGGCACUAUAGUGAAUAACCAAUGGGGCAGCUGUGGAGCACCAUGUGCUACUGAUGUCAGAGGUGAAUGUUGGCUACAAAGAUGGAUGAAGGCCGACCUACAUGAUACAGUGGAGCAGCUUACUGUCAAAGAGAACCUGGGGGUGCCAGAUAUCUAUAAAUACUUGAAGACUGUCCAUUUUACAAACAGUGCAGGAAUUGAGGUGCAAUUUGAUGAGUCUGGAGAUUUACAUUCAGAUUUUGACAUUUUGAACUGGAUUGUGCAUCCGAAUGAAACCCUAUAUUCCAUCAAAAUUGGACAAUAUAAGCCAAGAUCCCCUCAUCAGCUGAUGUUAAAUGAAACAGAAAUCAGAUGGAGCCCACGUUUCAAUCAGACUCCAGGCUCAGCUUGUAGUGAAAUUUGUCUCUCUGGCACCAGAAAAUCACCUCGAGAGUCACUGUCAUCCUGCUGUUAUGAUUGUGUUCCCUGCCCAGAUGGUGAGAUUUCCAACCAUACAGAUAUGGAUACAUGUUUCAAAUGCUCAGAAAAUGAAUGGCCUAAUGAACUAAAAAACAUGUGCAUCCCUAAGAUCAUAGUUUAUUUAUCUUAUGAAGAACCACUUGGAAAGUCUUUGGCUCUUGUAUCAGUUAUACUAUUUCUGUUUAAUUGCUUAGUCAUGAUAGCUUUUAUUAAAUACAAAAACACACCAGUAGUAAAAGCUAAUAACCAAGAUCUCAGCUACAUACUUCUUGUAUCUCUAAAGUUGUGUUUCCUCAGCACACUAAUAUUUAUUGGACAUCCUGUGCAAGUGACUUGUCUUCUCAGGCAAAUGUUUUUUGGAAUCAUAUUCUCAAUAGCCAUCUCCUCCAUCUUGGCCAAAACCAUUACUGUCAUCAUUGCCUUCAAUGUCACCAGACCUGAAAGCAAAUUAAAUCACCUGAUUGGAUCCAAAUUGCCUAAUUAUAUUGUACUUCUUUGUACAUUGUUUCAGAUUGUAAUAUGUUCUGUAUGGUUGGCAACAUUUCCCCCGUUCCCAAACUAUAACAUGGAGGAUGAAGUUGGGAAGAUAUUAGCAGAAUGCAAUGAGGGUUCCAUUGCUGGAUUGUAUUGUGUUCUCGGAUAUAUGGGAUUCCUGGCCAUAGUCAGUUUUAUGAUUGCUUUCUUAGCUAGGGAUUUACCUGAUAUAUUCAAUGAGGCCAAAUUUAUUACUUUCAGUAUGCUGGUAUUUUGCAGUGUAUGGAUCUCAUUUAUUCCAUGUUAUCUGAGCAGCAAGCGUAAAUAUGCUGUGGCAGUGGAGAUAUUUGCUAUCAUUGCUUCUAGUUCUGGAUUACUGGGAUUUAUAUUUAUUCCUAAAUGUUAUAUUAUACUGUUCAAACCUGAACUCAAUAAUAAAGCUAAUGUACUUAAAUCUCAUAUGACAAAUUAUGUGUAG